AUGUCUUCAUUGUCAUACUCCCAACUUAUGCGCGUUCCGGAUGCAGAAGCUGUAACCUCUAAUGGUGAAGGGCAUGCUGCCGCAAUGGAAGUAGAAAUUAAUGAACAUAAGAAGUCAAGAAUGGACCAAGUAGAUACCCCUUUAUCCAAUGUUGUCCACAUCCGAAGCCUUCCUGUAGAUGCUACUGAACAGGACGUCACACUCCUAGCGAUUCCCUUCGGUUUUUUGAAGAAUAUGGUGUUGUCAAAACGAAGUAGUCAGGCCCUCAUAGAAAUGGAGCUUCUUGAAAGUGCCAUGGACAUGGUGGAAUAUUAUCAAGAAUACCCAGCUAUACUACACGGUCGUCAGCUUGUUCUACAAUUUUCUAAACACCCACAUUUGGAAUUAAAGGCGGAGAAUGCUAUAGUGAACCAAGCUAUUCAAAGGGCGAAUUCGGUUGUACAGCAAGACCUUUCUGGAGCUAAUCAAGGAAAUCCGAAUACCGUCCUUCGAAUCAUCAUUGAGGAUAUUAUGGAUCAGCAAAUUAAUCAUAUUAUUAUCUACAAAAUCUUCCAUAGGUUCGGGAAGAUCCUCCGCGUUAUUAUUUUCCUUAAGAAUGACCAUUAUCAAGGCUUUAUCGAGUUCGAGAAUCACCUACAAGCUUUCGUGGCCAUGCUGCAUUUAAAUCGGCAAAAUAUCUACACUGGAUGCUGCCACCUUUCGGUGGAGUUUUCUAAAAAUCGCGGUCCCCUCGAAAUCCGUCAGGAGAGCCAGAAAUGCCGUGAUUACGUGCUUAACCCAUUAACAGAAGAUGAGUUGACGAGUCUUCGUAGGCUGCCAUCAGCUGGAAUGUCUAACAAUGUGUCCCAUGGUGGUGGGCAUGGUCAGGGUGGUCACGCUUUCGGCCCGAAUUCCGCCGUUGCUGCCGCAAUGUCUCAAUUUACUGGUACAGCUGGUGGUCCGACUAUGCUGCAUCCACAUCAACAAACUCCUGCUGCUAUGCCACCCGCCUGGGUGGCUGCAGCGGCGAACAACAACGCCUGCCGAAUGACCGAGUUCACCACACAACUUAUGGCACUUGCUCAACAAGCUGGUUUGCAGCUUUCUCCUGCCGCUGCAGCUGCUACUGCCAGUUUCAUGUCGCUUUCCGCGCAGAGUGGUGCGGCAUUUCCCAACGCGGCGAAUGGGGCGGCCAUUAAUCCUACUAUGGCAUCCCUGCUGGCGUUCUCAGCUGCAGCUAAUAAUGCGGCUGCUAAUCAAGGUCAGUCCGGCAGUGGCCGUGCUGGAGGCGGAAACGGUCAGUUUUCAGGUGCCGGAUCGGUUUCGCAGUCAGUUACUGCCCUGCAAAAGCUCACUGCAGCUCAAGCGGCCGCAGCUGCUGCCCAGUCAUCGUCUUUGGCAAUCCGUUUACCUCUAAACAAUAAUGGAAGCACCGUUCUCAUCGUCUCCAACCUCAACGAGGAGCGAGUGUAUCCGGACGCCUUAUUUACCUUGUUUGGUGUUUACGGAGAUGUGGUGCGCGUGAAGAUAAUGUUUAACAAGAAGGAUACUGCUCUUAUUCAAUUCAGUGACUCCCAACAAGCCAUACUGGCUAUGCAGUAUUUAAACCAAAAAGUGCUUUGGGGCCAGCCGAUGAAGAUAGCCAUCUCGCGCCACAACUAUGUGCAGCUGCCAAAGGAAGACAAGGACAAUCACCUGACCAAGGACUACUCCAAUAACCUGCUCCAUCGAUUUAGAAAGCCUAACUCGAAAAAUUAUCAAAAUAUUUAUCCACCAAGCCAUGUCCUCCACUUGAGCAAUAUCCCUCCAAGUGUUACAGAGGAUGACGUCCGGACGUUGUUCCGCUCGAAGGGUUUCGAUGUAGUAGGGUUCCGUUUUAUGCAAUUUUAUCAGAAACAUCCAGAGCAAGCAAAGGAUAACAAGAUGGCUCUCGUACAGCUGGACAGCGUUGAAAGUGCUAUGGAGGCCCUCAUCGCCCUUCACAACACCCAACUGAGUGAAAACUCACAUUUGCGCAUCAGCUUUAGCAAGUCCGCAAUCUAG